AUGUAUUUGGUUAGGCUGUAUAGUGAUGGAUCUCUAGCUCCUGUGUGGUUCUAUUGGAGAGAGGAUUACUGUGAGAAUGCUUUGUUUUUACGGUGGCUAUAUCGUAGGGUUGAUAUCAAAGAGUUGGAGCUUAUAAUCUUUGAAUUAGCAUUUAAAGCAAGGAUCAGAAGGAGAAUCCUUGACCCGCGAAGCCACUUUGUCAACAAAUGGAACCACAUUUUCCUCGUCACUUGCAUGAUCGCCCUCUUUCUAGACCCUUUAUAUUUCUUCCUCCCAGUUAUCGGCGGCGACGCCUGCAUGGCCAUCGACUAUGGCCUCGGCAUCUGGGUCACCUUGGCUCGCACGGUUACUGACAUGUUCUUUUUCAUGCAUGUUAUUAUCAAGUUCAGGACAGCCUUCGUCGCCCCUAGUUCCCGUGUUUUUGGAAGAGGAGAUCUUGUUAUGGACCCUAGAGAGAUUGCUAUGAGAUACUUGAGAACUGAGUUCAUUGUUGAUCUUGCCGCUGCUCUUCCCCUCCCUCAGAUUAUAAUUUGGUUCACAAUUUCAAGAGCAAAAAACCGAUCAACUGACCAUGCAAACCACUCAGUUUCUCUAGCAGUUCUCAUUCAAUACGUUCCUCGAAUCUAUGUGAUGUUUCCUUUGAAUCGCCGGAUUGUUAAAAGCACCGGUGUUGUCGCCAAGACUGCAUGGUCGGGGGCAGCCUACAAUCUUCUCCUCUAUGUUCUUGCAAGCCAUGUUUUGGGAGCAUCAUGGUAUGGGGCAUCUCUCCAAAGGCAAAGAGAGUGCUGGGAAAGACAAUGUGCUAGAGAGAGAAACCGUACACAUUCACCUUCUUGCAAUCGUUCUUUUCUAGAUUGUGCUACAAGGAAUACUCCUGCACGUAAUGCUUGGCUUAAAAUGACUCUACUUCUCACCGAAUGUGAUGCCAAACAUGAUCAAAAUUUUCAGUUUGGACUGUUUGCUGAAGCCUUCACCAAUAAUGUUGCUGACGUUAAUUUCAUUGAUAAAUAUUUCUAUUGCCUUUGGUGGGGUUUACGAAAUCUAAGUUCAUACGGCCAAAAUUUGAUGGCAAGUACUUACGAAGGUGAAUUAUUAUUCAGCAUUGGCAUAUGCAUUAUGGGUCUAGUUCUGUUUGCACAUCUCAUUGGCAACAUGCAGACCUAUAUGCAAUCCACAUCAGCCAGAUUGGAAGAGUGGAGGAUUCGACGGAAAGAUACAGAAGAGUGGAUGAGUCACCGUCAAUUACCUCCAGAAUUGCAAGAACGUGUUCGACGUUUUGUCCAAUACAAAUGGCGAGCCACAAGAGGUGUUGAUGAAGAAUCCAUCUUGAAGUCCUUGCCUUUGGACCUGCGACGUCAAAUUCAAAGGCAUCUCUGUCUUGCUCUUGUUCGACGUGUACCUUUCUUUGCACAAAUGGAUGAUCAACUAUUAGAUGCAAUAUGUGAACGUUUAGUCUCUUCACUAAACACCAAAGACACAUACAUUGUGAGGGAAGGAGAUCCAGUGAACGAGAUGCUUUUCAUCAUCAGAGGACAGCUAGAGAGCUCCACCACCAACGGUGGAAGAUCAGGUUUUUUCAACUUAAUCAUAUUAAGGGCUGGUGACUUCUGUGGAGAAGAAUUAUUAACAUGGGCAUUAAUGCCAACAUCUUGCCUAAACUUACCAUCAUCAACUAGAACAGUCAAGGCAUUAACCGAAGUAGAAGCCUUUGCUCUCCGAGCAGAAGACCUCACAUUCGUCGCUAAACAAUUCAAACACUUGCACAGCAAGAAGCUGCAGCAUGCAUUUAGAUAUUAUUCUCAUCAAUGGAGGACUUGGGGAGCUUGCUAUAUACAAGCUGGAUGGAGGAGAUGCAGGAGAAGGAAGUUGCAGAUGGAGUUGGCAAGGCAAGAGAGCUUGUAUUAUGCUCAAGUUAUGGAAGGUGAAGGUGAAGGUGAUUAUGAUGGUGAAGGAUCAUCACCAGAAAGUGCAAAUAAUGCACAACAUCUUGGAGCUACAAUUCUUGCAUCAAAAUUUGCUGCAAAUACAAGAAGAGGAAUGGUUAAUAAAGGAGUCAUUGAUGAUGACACCACCUUGAAAAUGCCUAAGCUGUUUAAACCACGGGAGCUUGAUUUUUAUUAA